AAAUACAUAUUUUUAAAGAAUGCAAAGAUAGCAUUAAGUAGAAUCACACCUGUAGGCAAAAUCAAUUAUUUGUAGUAGAGAUGAAGAAUUGAGUACCUUUGGCUAAUUACUAUGGAGAAGCUGUUCUCCCAGCCCUCUGAAGGUGUCUGAUUCCAUGAUUUGCCUUGUGAUGACUUUGAAAGCUAGGCAAAACUGUAAAAUGCAAAAGCCAUCAAUAAGAAGCAAAUUGUUGCAGAGUAUCUCUUCCUUAUUUGACUCUCUCAGAACUAAAUUGAGAAAGCAGUGACAUAAGCAAAUGUACACCACCUUCCUGACUCAUGCCUUUGUUGUCUUGUUCCCCAGAGAAGUCCUGAUUCAACUGAAGAAAAGCGUGAAUAAUCCAACCUGUCCAAAACUCUAAAACUUUAUUAUUUUUAAGUCAAUAAUUUUUUUCUUCCUAAAAUGCUGGAGUCUGACCUCAUUAUCUGCUUUCUUCUUGCAGUGAUACAAUUUCUUCUUGGGAUUUUCAUGAAUGGCAUCAUUGUGGUGGUGAAUGGCAUGGACUUGAUCAAGCACAGAAAAAUGGCUCCAGUGGAUCUCCUUCUUUCCUGCCUGGCACUUUCUAGAACUUUUCUGCAGUUUUUCAUCUUCUACAUUAAUCUGGUUGUUCUCUUCUUGAUGAAAUUAAUCAUGUAUCCUGAGAGUUGUGUAAUUGUCAUGUUUAUAAACGAAUUGGAACUUUGGCUUGCCACAUGGCUUGGCGUGUUCUACUGCGCCAAGGUUUCCAGCGUCCCUCACCCACUCUUCAUCUGGUUGAAGAUGAAGAUAUCCAAGUUGGUCCCGUGGAUGAUCCUGGGGUCUCUGCUAUAUGUAUCUAUCAUUUGUGUUUUCCAUAGCAAAUAUUCAGUGUGUUUUGUUCCACACAGCCUCAUGAACUUUUUCUCCCAAAAUGCCACAAUUCAAAUAGAAGAUAUACCUGCUAUACAGAUUACCUCUGUUGCUGCUGAGCUCUUAGUGCCACUGCUUAUUUUCCUUGCUGCUGUUCUGCUCUUGAUUUUUUCUUUGGGGAGGCACACCUGGCAGAUGAGAAACACAAUAGCCAGUAGCAGGGCUCCUGGCAGGAGUGGCCACAUCAGCGCCUGGCUGUCCAUCCUGUCCUUCCUAAUCCUCUAUGUUUCCCACUACAUGAUGAAAGUUUUUCUCUAUUCUAUAAGGUUUCACAUCAGAAGGUUCAUCUUUAUGCUCUGCAUCCUUGCGAUUGGCACAUACCCUUCUGGACACUCUCUCAUCUUAAUUUUAGGAAAUCCUAAAUUGAAACAAAAUGCAAAAAAGUUCCUCCUCCACAGUAAGGGCUGUCAGUGAGAGAGAACUUUGAUCGGUUCAAAAGAACCCAUGAUUCAAUGACUUACCCACGCAUGCGACACUUCUCUCAGCCAGACAAAGCAGCCUGUUCAUAAAUAUACAAAACAUCCCCUUCAGGCUGUUUAUCCAGCCUGAGGCAUUUUUAUAGAUUUGGUACUUUUUCAAACAGUUAAACUGAUUUUCAAAGCACAACAUAUGUUGAUGGAUUACAUCAAUGUCAGUAUCCUGGUUAAGAUUUUGUGCUAUCAUCUUGCAAGUUGUUACCACUGGGGAAAAGUGAGUAAAUUGUUCGGGAGUCUUUCCGUAUUCCUUCUUAAAAAUGCAUUCAAAUCUACAGUGAUUUCAACAUAAAAUGUUUGAUGAAAAAGAAAAGCACAUGUUUGAACUUGUGAUGUCAGAAGGAUACAUGAAUGCUGUAUGGUCCAUGUCUAUCUGAUGCCUAGUCUUAGAUGGUUUAUCCUGACCUUAAUGGGCUGACUAUUCAUUUCUUGUCUACCUGGAUAUUAUUUCUGCUCUGUUUGUUGGAGUCACAGGCAAUGGAGCCAUUCUUUCUCCUCAGAUCACAAAUGAAGUGAGAACAAGCAGGUCUUCUCCAUCCUUAUAAGCAUAUUCUCCUACUUCAUCCUGCAGAGAACUUAGAUGCUUUGGUGACAUGUCCAAUCAACUGAUAAAAGGGGAGACGGAGGAGGAGGAGGAGGAACGGAGGACUGAAUGCUUGUUUUCCUUUUCCCUAGCUGUGCACUCUGAACAGACAAUAACUUGCAAAGAUGUUUCAUCUUGUAUCUGUGUGCCUGACUUUGAGACUCUUUCAACCAAGGACCGUAAUUUGGAACUCCUCCUGCAUUGCAUGGCCUCCGAAGGAAGCAACAUCAGUAGGUGGGUGAGCUGGGGGUGUCUCCAUCUGCUUGAAUUCACAAAUGCAUUUUCUGUUUGAUUGAUGAUGUUGAAUACUAAGAUGAUAGAUAGAUAGAUAGAUAGAUAGAUAGAUAGGGAUAGAUAGAGAUAUAGAGAUAUUAUAGAUAUUGAUAUACUUGUAUAUUUUCAAAACAGCUUCAGAACACUUUCACUUCCAGACAAGUAAAUAAAGUAAAAAAUGUUUUUAAGCUUAGCUAUAACUUGUAGUUCAGGCGUGAUGAUGCAAAGUAGGUUGAGGUUUAGAUUUGUCGAUCACCAGUAAUAGGAACCCAAAUACAGCUUUUCUAAGCCAAGCCACGCAGGCCUGGUUAUAAUACACCAAUGAAGGAUUUUGCAUCAGAAGAUUCAGGGAUGUACUUAUCUUCUUGGGCAUGGGAACUAAGAGCUGAGGGUACUCUCAGCUUCCCACAGGUUUCACACUUCAUUCCCCAAGGAGCAAAAUAACCAUCUCCAUCUUCCUGCUAUCUCAUGUUCCAAUGUCCCACUAGGUAGGAAGGUUUGUAGCUAAUCACACACUCCGGAAAUCAGCUGUGGGAAGAUCAUUUGUAUCCUGGAUGUAAUUAUUUCUUUUGAUUGGGGGAAAGGACAAGGAAAAGUCACUUUUAUUUUUCUCACAUCUCAAAUACAGGGAGUAUCCUGUUCCCUGAAUCUGUGAUAUGUGUACCUGAAAGAGUGGGAGCAAUUGCAAACAUUCAGAGAGAAAUUUGUCAGUAUACAACUCUCAAUUUUUUUUUUUUUUUUUUCUGGUAUUAAAUUCUGAUUCUAUUUCAAGCAAUUCCUGCUUCAAUAAUGUUCCCUAAUUAGAUAAAUAUUAAGGUAUGACUAGCAUUGUAUGCUGUUAUCAAGAAUUGUUUUAAAAAAGAGUUCAUAAUAAAACAAACUAUUCUAAAAACAUUUUCAUUGUCUACUUUCCUAGAAGUAUAUUUCUUCCAGAAAUGUUGCCUAGCUGUUGAGUUGAUGUGUAUUGGGUAGGACACUAAUUGCUCAAAUUUAGAAGCAAAACAGACUGAGCCUUUGUCUCUCUGGAGACACGCUCAUCUGCACUCUCCAGCCUUGCCAAAUUGCUUUUGUCCUCGUCAAGCAGUGGGUUGACCUCUAUCAUGGUGCAACAGCUUUUUGUACUCACUUUUGUACUUUUAGAGAUGGGGCUGGACAUUAUGGCCCUGGGGCGUCUUGGCUGUGGAAUAACACGCCCAUAGGUGAGGCCGGCUGACUGCUGAUUGCAGGAUGUGGUGGUGCCACACCUCCUCUACAUCCUGUGGCUUCCCAAGGAGAUUCAACACCCAGUGCUCAGUUAAGUGGCUUCUGGCUGUGGCUUCCAAAUAGACUCUGCACCAGGAGGCAGACUCUCACUGAAACGGAACCCAGCAGUCUUAUUCCAUUCCACUUUAGAUCAGGAUUCAAUGAGCAGUUCCAAAUCAGGGGAGAAGGGCUCUCUUACUCUGUCCCACUCUCUAUUCUGACAUUGGCUCUUUCAGUCCCCAAUCCAGGGGUUUUAUACAGUCUCCACUGACUGAAGAUGAUAACAGCAACAGAGAAGGCUAAAUCUGUGUGUUGAUAGAAAUAGACUUUUAAGACUAUAAAUGUUGGUCAGCCAUGGUGGCUCAAGUCUGUAAUCCCAGCACUUUGGGAGGU